CAGCGGCCUCCGCAGCCCGGCCCGCUGCCCCGCCUCCCGCUCGGACCGCCGAGUCAGUGCCGAGUGAGGGGCCGUCGGCCCACAGCGGCCCGCUUCUAUCCAAAUUCGAGCCGCCUGCCUCGCUCCCACUCCUACCAUGUCUGGCGGCGGGGCCGAUCAGCAGAGCAGCCCGCCGGGCUCCCUGUUCCUUUCGCCGCCAGCGCCUGCCCCCAAGAAUGGCUCUAGCUCGGACUCCUCGGUGGGGGAGAAGCUGGGCGCCGCGGCAGCCGACGCCGGAGCCGGCAGGACGGAGGAGUACCGGCGUCGCCGCCACACCAUGGACAAGGACAGCCGGGGGGCGGUCGCGACCACCACCACCGAGCACCGCUUCUUCCGCCGUAGCGUCAUCUGCGACUCUAACGCCACGGCGUUGGAGCUGCCCGGCCUCCCCCUCCCACUGCCCCAGCCCGGCGCCGCCGCGGUGGCCCAGCAGAGGAGCCCCCCGGAGCCCCACCGCGAGGAGACUCUGACCCCCGCUGUCGCCCAUGUGGCCCAGCAGCCGCCAGCCGCCGCCACCCCGGGGGAGCCGGCCGCCGCAGUCCCGGCCGCCGCCUCGGCCCCGGGCAGCGCCAGCCGAGACCGUCAGGUUGCCCAGCCCAGCCAAGCGGGGAGCAAAGAGGAGCCCCCGUCGGCGAGAAGCGGCAGCGGCGGCGGCAGCGCCAAGGAGCCGCAAGAGGAGCGGAGCCAGCAGCAGGAUGACAUCGAAGAGCUGGAGACCAAGGCAGUGGGCAUGUCCAAUGAUGGCCGCUUUCUCAAGUUUGACAUCGAAAUUGGCAGGGGCUCCUUUAAGACGGUCUAUAAAGGUCUGGACACCGAAACUACGGUGGAGGUCGCUUGGUGUGAACUGCAGGAUCGAAAAUUAACGAAGUCUGAGAGGCAAAGAUUUAAAGAAGAAGCUGAAAUGUUAAAGGGUCUUCAGCAUCCCAAUAUUGUUCGAUUCUAUGAUUCUUGGGAAUCCACAGUAAAGGGAAAGAAGUGCAUUGUUCUGGUGACUGAACUUAUGACAUCUGGAACACUUAAAACGUACCUGAAAAGGUUCAAGGUGAUGAAGAUCAAAGUUUUGAGAAGCUGGUGCCGUCAGAUUCUUAAAGGACUUCAGUUUCUUCAUACUCGAACUCCACCUAUUAUUCACCGGGAUCUUAAGUGUGACAACAUCUUUAUCACUGGCCCUACAGGCUCAGUCAAGAUUGGAGACCUAGGUCUGGCAACCUUGAAGCGGGCUUCUUUUGCCAAGAGCGUGAUAGGUACCCCGGAGUUCAUGGCCCCUGAGAUGUAUGAGGAGAAAUACGAUGAAUCUGUUGACGUUUAUGCUUUUGGGAUGUGCAUGCUUGAGAUGGCCACAUCUGAAUACCCUUACUCAGAGUGCCAGAAUGCUGCGCAGAUCUACCGUCGAGUGACCAGUGGUGUGAAGCCAGCCAGUUUUGACAAAGUAGCAAUUCCUGAAGUGAAGGAAAUUAUUGAGGGAUGCAUACGGCAAAACAAAGAUGAAAGAUAUUCUAUCAAAGACCUUUUGAACCAUGCGUUCUUCCAGGAGGAAACAGGAGUACGGGUAGAAUUAGCAGAAGAAGAUGAUGGAGAAAAGAUAGCCAUUAAAUUAUGGCUACGUAUUGAAGACAUUAAGAAAUUAAAGGGAAAAUACAAAGACAAUGAAGCUAUUGAGUUUUCCUUUGACUUGGAGAGAGAUGUGCCAGAAGAUGUUGCUCAAGAAAUGGUAGAGUCUGGGUAUGUCUGUGAAGGUGAUCACAAGACCAUGGCAAAAGCUAUCAAAGAUAGAGUAUCAUUAAUUAAGAGAAAACGAGAGCAACGACAGCUAGUGCGGGAGGAACAAGAAAAAAGAAAGCAGGAAGAGAGCAGUCUGAAACAGCAGGGGGAGCAACAGUCAAGUGCUUCCCAGGCAGGAAUCCUGCAGCCCUCUUCUGCCAGCACAGGCCUACCUGCUGCCGCUACCACUUCAGCCUCCGUUUCCACGCAAGUAGAGCCAGAGGAGCCUGAGGCAGAUCAGCAUCAACAGCUGCAGUACCAACAACCUAGUAUAUCUGUGUUAUCUGACGGGACGGUUGACAGUGGUCAGGGAUCUUCUGUCUUCACAGAAUCUCGAGUGAGCAGCCAACAGACAGUUUCAUAUGGUUCCCAGCAUGAGCAGGCACAUUCUACUUGCACACUGCCAGGGCAUACAGCGUCUGUUGUCCAGGCACAGGCUCAGCCCCAUGGGGGUUAUCCACCCUCAAGUAUGCCUCACUCCAUGGCGCAUCCGCGUGGGGGGACCCCAACAUACCCAGAAUCACAGAUAUUUUUCCCAACUAUUCAUGAACGUCCAGUUUCUUUUUCACCACCUCCCACCUGUCCACCGAAGGUGGCUAUUUCCCAGCGGCGUAAGAGCACCUCCUUCCUGGAAGCCCAAACUCAUCACUUCCAACCCCUGCUGAGGACUGUUGGCCAAAAUCUUCUUCCACCUGGUGGCUGCCCAACUAACUGGACACCAGAGGCCGUAGUUAUGUUGGGUACUACAGCCAGUAGAGUAACUGGAGAGCCAUGUGAGAUACAGGUCCAACCUCUGUUUGAGCCUACUCAAGUUUAUGGUGACUGUAGACCUGGACUAGUACUUCCAGAAGAAGCUCACUACUUUAUUCCUCAGGAAGCAGUGUAUGUAGCAGGGGUACAUUACCAGACCCAAAUGGCAGAACAGUUUGAGGGUAUUCCAUACAACUCUCCAGUCCUGUCAAGUCCUAUGAAACAGAUACCUGAACAGAAGCCAGUGCAAGGGGGCCCUCCUUCGAGUUCUGUCUUUGAAUUUCCAUCUGGACAGGCUUUCCUGGUAGGACAUCUUCAGAAUUUACGAUUAGACUCUGGACUAAGUCCAGGAUCUCCCCUCUCUAGCAUUUCUACACCUAUCAGUACAGAUGCUACACGUUUGAAAUUUCACCCUGUCUUUGUUCCUCAUUCUGCACCUGCUGUGUUAACUCAUAACAAUGAGAGCAGAAGCAAUUGUGUAUUUGAGUUUCAUGUUCAUACUCCAAGCUCCUCUUCAGGAGAAGGAGGAGUUUUACCUCAGCGUAUUUACCGAAAUCGACAGGUUGCCGUGGACUUGAAUCAGGAAGAACCACCUCCUCAAUCAGCUGGAUUACACGGCCGCCUGCAGCCUGUGACUGAAGAACAACAUAAUUUCCAGCCCCCAGAAUUGACCGUUUCUGUGGUAGAGCCUACUGGACAGAGCUGGCCAAUAGGAAGCCCAGAAUAUUCCAGUGAUUCCUCACAAAUCACUUCUUCAGACCCCAGUGAUUUUCAAUCACCUCCCCCUACAGGGGGAACAGCUGCACCUUUUGGCUCUGACGUCUCAUUACCCUUUAUCCAUCUGCCUCAGACAGUGAUACAAGAAUCCCCACUUUUCUUCUGUUUCCCCCAAGGAACCACUUCUCCGCAGAUUUUAUCUGCAUCAUUUUCUUCAGGAGGAUCUGCACUCCAUCCACAGGCACAGGGGCAGAGCCAGGGUCAGCCGUCUUCAAGUAGUUUAACAGGGAUUCCAUCCUCCCAACCUGUACAGCAUUCUCAACAGCAGCAAGGAGUACAGCAGACAGCCCCCUCUCAGCAGACAGUGCAGUAUUCACUUCCCCAGACGUCAGCCCCCAGUGAGCCCACGACUGCACAGCCAGCAAGUCAGCCUCAACCACCACAGGUGUUGCCUCCUGUGUCAGCAGGAAAACAGCUUCCAGUUUCCCAGCCAGUACCAACUAUCCAAGGCGAACCUCAGAUCUCAGUUGCGACACAGCCCUCAGUUGUUCCGGUCCAUUCUGGUGCUCACUUCCUCCCUGUGGGACAGCCACUCCCACCCUCCUUACUCCCUCAGUACCCCGUCUCUCAGGUCCCCUCUGCUCCUCAUGUGUCUGCCGCUCAGCCAGGCUUCUCACCCCUUCCUGUCACAGCGGCAGCUGGCGUUAAUCAGCCUCUGCUCACCUUGGCUUCAUCUGCUGCAGCAGCUGCAGUCCCAGGGGGAUCCACUGUGGUUCCUAGUCAGCUUCCAACCCUCUUGCAGCCUGUGACUCAGCUGCCAAGUCAGGCUCACCCACAGCUCCUACAAACAGCAGUUCAGUCCAUGGGGAUACCUGCUAACCUGGGACAGACUGCUGAGGCUCCACUUCCCUCUGGAGAUGUUCUCUAUCAGGGCUUCCCACCUCGACUACCACCACAGUACCCAGGAGAUUCAAAUAUUGCUCCCUCCUCCAGCGUGGCUUCUGUUUGCACUCCUUCUACAGUCCUAUCUCCUCCUAGGCCAACAGAAGCAUUGGCUGCACCAGGUUACUUUCCUACAGUGGUGCAAUCUUAUGCAGAAUCAAAUCUUUUGGUUCCUGUGGGCAGUAUAGGAGGACAGAUUCAAGUUUCCCAGCCAGCAGUGAGUUUAGCCCAAGCCCCCACUACAUCCUCCCAGCAAGCAGCUCUGGAGAGUACUCAGGGAGUCUCUCAGGUUGCUCCUCCAGAGCCAGUUCCAGCAGCACCACCACAGCCUACACAACCAACCACUUUGGUCUCUUCUAUAGACAGUGCACAUUCAGAUGUUGCUUCAGGUAUGAGUGAUGGCAACGAGAAUGUCCCAUCGUCCAGUGGAAGGCAUGAAGGGAGAACUAUAAAACGACAUUAUCGAAAAUCUGUAAGAAGUCGUUCUCGUCAUGAAAAGACUUCACGCCCAAAAUUGAGAAUUUUGAAUGUUUCAAAUAAAGGAGAUCGGGUAGUAGAAUGUCAGUUAGAGACUCACAAUCGGAAAAUGGUUACAUUCAAAUUUGAUUUGGAUGGAGACAACCCAGAGGAGAUAGCAACAAUUAUGGUGAACAAUGACUUUAUUCUGGCAAUAGAGAGAGAGGCAUUUGUGGAUCAGGUGCGGGAAAUUAUUGAAAAAGCUGACGAGAUGCUCAGUGAGGAUGUCAGUGUGGAGCCGGAGGGUGACCAGGGAUUGGAGAAUCUACAGGGAAAGGAUGACUAUGGCUUUUCAGGCUCUCAAAAAUUGGAAGGAGAGUUCAAACAACCAAUUCCUGCAUCUUCCAUGCCACAGCAAAUAGCAGGCCUUCCUACCAGUUCUUUAACUCAAGUUGUUCAUUCUGCUGGAAGACGGUUUAUAGUAAGUCCUGUGCCGGAAAGUCGAUUACGAGAAUCAAAAGUUUUCACCAGUGAAAUAUCAGAUACAGUUGCUGCUUCUACAUCUCCUGGCACUGGAAUGAACUUGUCUCACUCUGCUUCAUCCCUUAGUCUACAGCAGGCCUUUUCUGAACUUAGACGUGCCCAAAUGACAGAAGGACCAAGUACAGCACCUCCCCACUUUAGUCACACAGGACCAACGUUUCCAGUAGUGCCUCCUUCCAUGAGUAGCAUUGCUGGAGCAGCAGCCACACCUUCAGUAUCAGUUCCUGCAACUAGCUGCCCUUUUAGUGACAUUUCCACAUCAGUAACUCCAUCUGAGAUGACAGCAUCCACUGAAAAGGGGAUUGCUGGAGUUGCCACCUGCACAGGUGUAAUCUCUUCCAGUGGUCUCACUGUGCCACCUGCAUCUGAUUCCCCGAUACUUUCCAGUGUGGUUUCAAGCAUCACAGUACCUGUGGCUGUUUCAGUGUCAACAACAUCCCUGUCAGUCCAGGCUCCCACACCUGGGAGCAUUGUUGCUAAUACAGGCACUUUCCCCUCUAUAUCAGUUGCAAUGACUUCAGCCUCUGCAGUGAGCAGUACUGCUGCCCCAGGUGCUAAGCCUCCACCUGUAUCAUCUCAGCAGGUAUCAGGCAGUACUGCUGGGAUAACCACAUUAGCAUCAGUUCCUACCACUGCUCCAGCCCCAAGUGUAGCUUCACAGCCCUCUCUUUCACUUAGCAGCAGCACCUCUGCUCCUGCUCUGGCUGAAACUAUAGUGGUUAGUGCACACUCACUAGAUAAAGCAUCUCAUAGCAGCACAGCUGGAUUGGCUUUGUCCCUCCCUGCGUCAUCUUCCUCUGCCUCCCCUGGAGCAGGAGUGUCUAGUUCUGUUUCUCAGCCUGGUGUGGCUCAUCCUUUGGUCAUCCCAUCAGCUGUAUCUUCUAUUCCAGUCCUUUCCCAAGCGGGACCGACCUGUGCACCUUUAUUACCCCAAGUACCUGGCAUCCCACCCCUGGUGCAACCUGCUGCCAGUGUGCCUGCCGUCCAGCAGACACUAGUCCACAGUCAGCCGCAGCCAGCAUUGCUCCCUAACCAGCCCCACACUCACUGUCCUGAAAUGGAUGCUGAUGCACAGCCUCGAGCUCCUGGGAUUGAUGAUAUAAAGACUUUGGAGGAAAAGCUGCGGUCUCUUUUCAGCGAACACAGCUCAUCUGGAACACAGCAUGCUUCUGUCUCACUGGAGACAUCACUAGUGGUGGAGACCACUGUCACACCAGGUGUCCCAACCACUGCUGUUGCACCAGGAAAACUCAUGACUUCCACUACAAGUACUUGCUUACCACCAACCAGUUUGCCAUUAGGAACAACUGGUUUGUCAAUUCUACCCGUGGUCACACCUGGGCAAGUUUCCACGCCGGUGAGCACUAUACCAGCAGUGAAACCUGGAACUGCUCCAUCAAAGCCACCUUCAACUAAGCCUCCAGUGCUGCCACUAGGUACUGAACUUCCAGCUGGUACUCCACCCAGUGAGCAGCUGCCACCUUUUCCAGGACCUUCAUUAAUGCAGGCCCAGCAGCCUCUGGAAGAUCUUGAUGCUCAGCUCAGAAGAACACUUAGUCCAGAGACUGUUGUGCUGACGUCUACAGUUGGUCCCGUGUCCGUCGUGGCUCCAACAGCAGCUGUAGAAGCUGGAGCACAGCUUCAAAAGGAUGUUUCUCAAGUCACAGAAGGUCCUAUCCCAGCACCUACUUCAGGAACUGGUGUUUUUCAGAUGGGCCGAUUUCAGGUUUCAGUUGCAAUGGACGAUACCCAGAAAGAGGGUAAAAAUAAGUCAGAAGAUGUAAAGUCUGUCCAUUUUGAAUCCAGUACUUCAGAGUCCUCAGUGCUAUCAAGUAGUAGUCCAGAGAGUACCCUGGUAAAGCCAGAGCCCAACGGGACAGCCAUCCGUGGCAUCUCUUCAGAUAUGCCUGAUAAUGCCCAUAAGACUUCGGCCUCAGAAGCAAAGUCAGAAGCUGGGCAGCCUACCAAGGUUGGGCGUUUUCAGGUGACAACUACAGCAGACAAAGUAGGUCGUUUCUCUGUUUCAAGAACUGAAGAUGCGAUUGCUGAGGCAAAAAAAGAGGGGCCAGUGGCAUCUCCUCCUUUUAUGGAUUUGGAACAUUCCAUUCUUCCUGCUGUGAUACCAAAGAAAGAAAAGCCUGAACUGUCAGAGCCUUCACAUCUGAAUGGGCCAUCUUCUGACCUGGAGGCCGCCUUCUUAAGUAGGGAUGGCGAUGACGGUUCAGGUAGUCCACACUCCCCACCUCAGCUGUGCUCAAAGAGCCUUCCUAUCCAGAGCCUGAGUCAAAGCCUUAGUAAUUCAUUCAACUCCUCUUACAUGAGCAGUGACAAUGAGUCAGAUAUUGAAGAUGAAGACUUAAAAUUAGAGCUGCGACGACUGCGAGAAAAACAUCUUAAAGAGAUCCAAGACCUACAGAGUCGCCAGAAGCAUGAAAUUGAAUCUUUGUACACCAGGCUGGGCAAAGCUCCCCCUGCUGUUAUCAUCCCCGCAGCCGCCCCUCUUGCAGGGAGAAGAAGGCGACCCACCAAAAGCAAAGGCAGCAAGUCUAGUCGCAGCAGUUCCUUGGGGAAUAAAAGCCCUGGACCAGGUAACCUGUCUGGUCAGAGUACAGCAUCAGUCUUGCACCCCCAGCAGACCCUCCCCGCUCCUGGCAACAUCCCAGAGACUGGGCAGAAUCAGCUGUUACAACCCCUUAAGCCAUCUCCCUCCAGUGACAACCUCUAUUCAGCCUUCACCAGUGAUGGUGCCAUUUCAGUACCAAGCCUUUCUGCUCCAGGUCAAGGAACCAGCAGCACAAACACUGUUGGAGGAACAGUGAGCAGCCAGGCUGCCCAGGCUCAGCCUCCUACCAUGACGUCUAGCCGGAAGGGCACGUUCACAGACGACCUGCACAAGUUGGUGGAUAACUGGGCCCGAGACGCCAUGAAUCUCUCAGGCAGGAGAGGCAGCAAAGGACACAUGAGCUAUGAGGGCCCUGGCAUGGCGAGGAAGUUCUCCGCACCUGGUCAGCUGUGCAUCUCCAUGACCUCAAACCUGGGUGGCUCAGCCCCCAUCUCUGCAGCAUCAGCUACCUCUCUAGGUCACUUCACCAAGUCUAUGUGCCCCCCACAGCAGUACGGUUUCCCAGCCCCCCCCUUUGGCACACAGUGGAGUGGGACAGGUGGCCCAGCACCACAGCCACUCAGCCAGUUCCAGCCUGUGGGAACUGCCUCCUUACAGAAUUUCAACAUCAGCAAUUUGCAGAAAUCCAUCAGCAACCCCCCAGGUUCCAACCUGCGGACCACUUAGACCUAGAGACAUUACGAAGUAGAUUUGGGGGCAGGAGAUGGAAUGGUGAGGGUGGGUGGGAGGGGGGAUGGGAAAGUAGCCUAUAUACUAACUACUAGUGCUGCAUUUAACUGGUUAUUUCUUGCCAGAAAGGAAUGUUUUUAAUACUGCUUAGAGCCCUCAGAAUGGGGAAUUUGCCCCUGCCCUCCCCACUUACUUACUGGAGCAGGUGAGAAGGAAAGGGCAGCUUUCUUGUGUGUGCUUUGUUGUUCAUCUAGACCCCAUAGUGAGCACUUGGAAAGAAAGUCACGUUUAUCAGAGAGCUACUAGAGAGCUCAGUGGAAAAAAAGCAAAGCCCAUCUGCAUUUGCAGGGAGUGGGGCUCUUAAUUUGGUACCCAUCCCAAACCACUUAUUCCCUCAAGAAUCAAAACCACAAGACAAAAAACUAUUGGGCUGUCUCCUACCCUGUCCCCACCACCCUACAAACACACACACUUUUUCUUUCUCUCCUCUCCCCCACUUCCAUCUUUAGAACCCAGUGGAAAACACCAGGGGACUGAGGUUUCAACCCUUUCUUAUGAUAGGUCAUUAGUGCUUUAAGCAAAUGAUAUUCGCAGCUUUGACUGCAGCAUUAGCAAUUAGGAAAAAAUUAAGUUCCCUGCGGACAUAUAACUUUGCCAUCAGUUUUGAUGUGGAAACACUGUGAUAUAUAAAUGUUGUUGGACAACAGUAGUUUUAAGAGUAAAAUAUGAAAGGUUUAAAAAGUUGAAAAAAAGCUAGCUAGCUCUGUCCUUUACUGAGACUUUAACUUUCUCCUUUGUAUUUCCAUUGUAUUAGAUAAAUAAAUGUGAAUGUAAAAUUGUAUAAAUUACUGUACUUGAAUACUUCUGUUCUCCCAGUAUUGCUUGCUGGAUGUUUUAGUGCCUUGGACUUCUAUUGCUUCUGCCAUUGGCAUCAACUUCUCAUCAGACCCCAGUCAGCAAAGGACACAUGGAAGGAAACCUCAGGUCCAUGUGGCUCCAGCAGUGGAUUAUGCCGUAAGGAAAUUGAAGAGAGUAUUUUUUUUUUCCAAGUCAUUCAACAAUUUUGUCUAGAGCAGGUGUACGAUGAGCAGGAUGAGAAGUUAAGUUGACAUCAGUGGUUAAAAGCAGAAAACUGUUUCAGGACAAGUGAGGAGGGGUGUUGUAACAAUACUGGGCAAUUUAAAAGAUGGAGGGUGGUGUGUGAUAAGUGAUGAAAGAAAAGAAUGACUGGAGAAGAGGAGAACAAAUUUGUUUUGAAGUCGUAUGAUGCUUGGCCAGUGGACGCCAUAGCCUUACUUAUUUGAGCUGGGCUUAAACAGAUGAGACCUAGAAGAAAAUGGCUGAAUAUACAAGCAAGGGGGUGGGGACUAGUUUUUAAGUUGGGAAGUACGAUAGUGAAAUGUCACAGAUAGAGAAAGUUGCUCUUAAAAAAUGGCUUGGAUUGCUUUCCUCUUGUUGAAAAUGUACUAUGCAUUUCUCAGCUUGGGGUACUGUAGUUUGUGGAAAGUGGACCUGCCUCUGAAUUGCAUAUUGUAGGAAAGAAUGCUUAUUCCUACCCACUUCUUAUAUAAUGUCCACAAGGUUGCAGGAUCAUAAUCUCUUGUGCCACAUUUAUUUCUAGAGUUGCAGUAGAUAUUCUCACAUUUUUAUAUAAACAAAUAUUCCCGGUAAGUAGUAACUGCAACCAACCAGUAUUAUGUAGUGCUCUGCCUGGUUGUAUGGGCAGUUGUAUCAUUUUCAGAGCUUUCAGGAAAUACUCUCCUAAUUGGCUAUGUUUGAGAUCUCUGUUCUCUCAGAAGAUGAGGAAGGAAGCUAGACUCUGAAUUUUUUGGGUGCUGCUUCUCUUGAUUGUUGAGCUGGGAAACUGACAUAUCUCCAACCUCUUACCCACCUCAGUGGCACAUCCCAGGAAUCACCAUGAUAGGAAGAGCCUGGUUGGCUGUCCUGUCCUUCAUUGGCUGUUUUCUUUAAAGCUGAGUCCCCAAAGAUGCAAAUAAAAGCUGAAGGUUUUAGGAAAGUAGAAGUGAAAAGGGCAGGCAUCCCAAGCUUUGCUUUGAAACCGUUUACUUUUUCUCUGUUUAUAAUCUUCGGGGAGAUGGCAAGAGUAAGGACAGAAGUGCCAGGGAAGUGGGAGACUUGACACCUGAGACAAAGGGGACAGUACUUGGUACCGGAGGAACAAGGGAGCCAAAUGCAGCACAGGAUGUUUUGUUACUUUGGUUUAAUCAUUCUGAGAUCUCUUCAUUCACACAUGGAAAGUGAGAACUGGUUUUAUUUACUGUUGAUUUUUUUUUUCCCCUCCUGUGGAUGAAAUAACUGAAGCCUAGAGGAAUGAACUAGUGCUACUGAACUGUUUAAAUUAUUUUUGUGUUAAUAGUACACUGAGUAUCUUUUUUCACAUUAAAAAGUCUUUCUGAAUUAUAAAUGUUUUCCUUACAUUAUUUAACAAUGUACACUGUUUAAAAAAAAAUAAACUGAAUUCAAACCUUGGGGAUUCUCGGCAGCCAUCACUCGUGCGUUCGGCACCAACCCCAGGGUCGCACUUCUUGCUCCCUUUCGUUGCCUUUGUAGAUGGACUUAACGAAGCCAUUCAAAUAAACCAUACUUGCUUUUGUUGA